AUGAAGACCACCUCUGUCCUCAUCCUGGCCUCGGCCGCCCUCGCCAGCGCCCAAGUCAAGUUCGAAGACGGCAAAUACAUCUGCGAGAAGGCCGACGCCGCCUUCUGCGCCGGCGACUCCAUGGGCACCGACAUCAUCAUCCGCUGCAACGGCGACAAGAUCGGCGUGGCUGGCCGCUGCUCGAACAACCUCGCCGGCCAGCCCCCCAUCGGCAACCACCCAGCCCUCUGCCACCAAAGCUCGCCCACGGCCGGCGACGCCGCCUGCGAGAAGAACUGCGUCGUGUACCCGGGCUCGGGCGAGCCGUUCACGCUGCCGGCGUCAGAAUGCACCGUCGACGGCGGCGCCGAGCCCACCACCACCAUCACCUACAUCAACCCGGGGCCGACCACAGAAACCGCCGAGCCGACUACCACCAUCACCUUCAUCGACCCGGCGCCGACGACCGAGACGGCCGAGCCCACCACCACGAUUACCUUCAUCAACCCGGGACCGAGCACCGAGGCUGGCGAGUCGGGUGCCUCCACUUUUACUACUGCCAUGGUCAACCCCGGCAGCAACGGCACCGCCACUGGCACCCGUACCGGCGGCCCCGGGCUGCCUGUCUCGACUGCUGGCGCCGUGGCUAACCAGGUGGCUGGCACGCUGGCUGUGUUGGGCGGUAUCGCGGCUAUGCUGCUGUAG